GUUUGCCCGAACGGUGACAUCACCUUUCCACCGCUAGACAGGACGUCGGAAGCUCCUAGCUAGAGACGUUUUGUUUUGAUAUUUCAGCAUCUGAUCCAACUCAACCACAUCGACAUUACCUGCUUAUUUGCGCGUAGGAUUCUGGUUUUAGCAUCACGCCUCAGUGUGAGGAUACGGCCAAAAUGAAAUGGAUGUUUAAAGAGGAUCAUUCCCUCGAACACAGAUGUGUGGAGUCAGCCAAAAUACGCAACAAAUACCCUGACAGAGUGCCGGUGAUAGUGGAGAAGGUUUCCGGCUCACAGAUUGUGGACAUCGACAAGCGAAAGUAUCUGGUUCCAUCCGACAUCACCGUGGCUCAGUUCAUGUGGAUCAUCAGAAAACGCAUUCAACUGCCCUCAGAGAAGGCCAUCUUCCUCUUCGUCGACAAAACGGUGCCCCAGUCUAGCCUCACCAUGGGCCAGCUGUACGACAAGGAGAAGGACGAGGACGGCUUCCUCUAUGUGGCCUACAGCGGGGAGAACACCUUUGGUUUCUGAGCCUGACUGCCAGCCCAGAUGCCCCCUCGGCCUUUCUUAUCCCUUUCUCCCUCUUUCUCUGCACAAUACCCUUGGUUUUAUUUUCCUGUUCUGGAAUGUCGCCAUUUUCAGGAGUCCUCAAAGGAGGAGAGUGCUAAUGACACCUAAUGCUAAAACUGAUACCAUGCACUAAAUAUGUGGUACAUUUAGUGAGGAUCACAGUGAGCGUUUGUCAAAUGACGGCCAUGUUCAAGACGAAUUAACAGUCCCAUCCUAUUCGCAAGCCUUGUUCGAAAGCCUGUUUGUUUCAACGUUUUGACUUGCAGGAUUGUUUGCAAGAGGAUAUUUAUAUGGCGCUACAAAAAAACACAAUCCAAACUAUAUAGAGAGACAUAAUUUAAGAUUUACACUAUGAAUGGAGGACUUAAGUUUGGCAAAAUCAACCAACAUUUUCUGACUUUGAUUACAAACUGUAGUGAACGCUUACAUAAGUCAAAUAUGUGUUUAGUGUAUUGUGAUAAAUGUACAUUGAGAGCUGUUUUUGGCUCAUCACCCACAAACCCACACCAUCACACCUAUAUUGACAUUGAAUAUUCAGUAUUCAUUUGUGGGGUCAGAUAAUGUAACUAGAAAUUAACCAUAAAGUAUAGUUUUUGCUGAGUGGGCCACAAAGGCCUUCCAGUGAAGGGUUGAGUGGGCCACCAAGGCCUUCAAGUGGAGGGUUGAGUGGGGCACCGCACCAAGUCCUUACAUUGAAGGGUUGAGUGGGCCACCAGGUCUUUACAUUGAAGGGUUGAGUGGGCCACCAAGUCCUUACAUUGAAGGGUUGAGUGGGCCACCAAGUCCUUACAUUGAAGGGUUGAGUGGGCCACCAAGUCCUUACAUUGAAGGGUUGAGUGGGCCACCAGGUCUUUACAUUGAAGGGUUGAGUGGGCCACCAGGUCCUUACAUUGAAGGGUUGAGUGGGCCACCAGGUCUUUACAUUGAAGGGUUGAGUGGGCCACCAAGUCCUUACAUUGAAUUGUUGAGUGGGCCACCAAGGCGUCACAAGCAAAGUUUGGAAGUUUGUUUGGCCUCUCUGGCUUUUGUUAUGGCUGGCCCAGGGGAACCAGCCAGUAGUAGGGCAGUUGUCCCCUCCCUACUCAGCAUUUAACUGAACAAAACUUAGGAAGGCCAAAACUCUAAUGAACACACAAAACACAAUUAACUAAUCAUCCAAUCAACUCAAACAAAAAGGCUAGCAUGCAAGGAUAUAUGAACACAUGGAGGGACAUAGACACAAACUAAACACAUACCUAUAUAGGCCGUUCUUACUGUAACAAGGACAACCCACUAAUGAUGCAUUAUAUGUGGAAGAAUGUGUUAGUGCUUUAAGGCCAUGGUAUAACCACAACUCCACACAGAUGUUACCCCUACGCUCCCGUCGUGAAAACUUUUACACAGCCUGUCGCCUUGAUUACUCAAAUGCACUUGGUUACAUUAAUUGGUUGAAAACCCGUUGGAUAAUUUCACCGAUGUACAUUUCUUUUAGCUAUUUAAAACUUGCAUCGCAACACCAGUUAUAGGCUGGGGCAGCAGUAUUAGGAAAUGUGUAAUAUUUUGAAUAUUUUUGUUGUUGGAUCAAUAUUAUUUUUGAUUGUUUAACGCUUUAUGAAUCUGAAAUGAUUUUAGAUAUCUGAAAAGUACAGGUAAGGUAGCUGGAUAACCUGACCAAUAAUAAUAAAAAAAUGUAAGUAAUAA